AUGGUGGUACACAGGAUUCGGAAGAGCCAAUUCGCAGCGUACACGCUGGCCACAUAUGUGGGUGCUAUUUGGUCUGUAUUUACAUGCGCACAAUCCAGCAUGUCUUUCCUGGAAGCUUCAAUGAAGCUUUGCGAAGGUAUCAAUGUCAUCAUAUUAGCCAAUUUCGUACUAAUAAACACUAUUCUUUUAUGGAAGGGUUUAACGAAGCUAUUAUUUGGCGAACUAAGGCUAUUGGAGUACGAACACAUCCUAGAGAGGCUGUCCUUCACAAUUGUCAAUAGCUUUUUUGUGACAUCUACGUUCUCUGAUAAUGAAUUUCUCACCGUAUUGCUGUUCACAGGCGCUCUCAUUUUUGUCAAAGUUUUCCACUGGGUAUUAAGAGACCGCCUUGAAUACGUAUUUCAGAACACCGACGAGAAUACCAGGAUCCUCAAGCUUAUGUGCUCCAAGUUCUUUUUCAAUAUUUGUUUCCUGGCGUUAGUGGAUUAUAAAGCGGUCAAUUUUUGUAUCCGCAAGUCUAUGCGAAACAGUAGCGGUAUUUUGAGCAGCUCCCCGAUUUACCUAAUGUUUGGUAUUGAAUUUGCAAUACUUCUUGUUGACGUGUGUGAAGUAGCACUGAGAUCGUUGAUCAACAUCGUUGAGUUGCGCGCCUUUCAAAACGCAUACUCAAGAAAUGGGGAUGAUUCACCAGGCCUUGAGGGCAAAUUCCUUUACGAGAAAAUUGUUGAGUUCUCCUCUCGCUUUGCUAAAUUAUGUUUACAUGCUUUGUUGUUGAUACCAUUUGCAAUGCCACUCAUGGCGAUGAAGGACAUUGUUCUAGAUAUCCUGGCGAUAUGUCAAACUGGUCGCCUGAUAUGGAAAUCAUGGAAGAACAACAGGCAGAUCGAUGAAAAAUUACCUAACGUCAGCGAGGCCGAGUUAGAUACAUCUGACGACAAAAUGUGCAUCGUAUGCAUGGAUGAUAUGAUACCGGCCGACCGCGUCGCUCAUCCCAAACAGAAGCCGAAAAGACUACCAUGCAAUCAUUGUUUACACUUAGGGUGCUUGAAGAGUUGGAUGGAAAGGUCACAGACGUGCCCUAUUUGCAGAGUCGCUGUUUUCGACGAAAAAGGCAACGUAGCUGCACCAUCGAGAAGCCAGUCUAACACACAAGGUCCCAACAUGGGCCCCACGAUGGACGCAAGCGCUUCAUCAUCUACGGCUGCCGGCCAGAACGGAUCUUCAGGUUCGGCAGCUGCAUCCACUUCGUCACACUCGAACAUUUCUUCUGUACCCCCUCGAUGGUAUGCUUUUUCAGCAACGCCUUCACAAAAGGAUGAUUCGGUUGAUUUGAAGGUGAGUGACAUUGAAGGUAACGCACUAAGAAUGACCUUAACGCACAAGAGGCGACCUGAGUUUGACGUCCAGAACAAGGCAAGUCAAAUUCCUCAAAAAAUUGUCAUACAGGAUUGCUCUUUCAAUAACAAUCAUGACAUUGAAAGGUUCAAGAGGAGGGUUUCCGACCUGGAAGGUAAGGUGAAUGAAUUAACGAAAAAGGCAAGGACCGAGUAG